AUGCCUGUGUUGCCCUUGCAAGCGCGAUCGAGAGUUUUAAGGCUGGCAUCGUUAAGACAUUCGCAGUUUCUCUGGGCCGCGGCAAGAAGGUCUUUUUCAGGUGCUGGCCCAGGAUUGCAUUUAUGGGCGGAAAAUGCCCGUCGCGAGGUGUUUGCAAGGCUUCAUGGGCUGCGGAAAAGCAAAGCAACGCCUCAGGAGGUGCUCUUCAUCGUCUCAGAGUGCCAGCGAAGGCAGCUGCUAAAAGAUCCACGGGAUUGGGUAGUCGCUAUGAGUUCCUUAGGCCACGUUGGCCUAUGGACAGAUACUUUGGCGCUGUUCGAGGCAAUGCACUUAGAGACCGCAGUUGCGGUGCAUGCCUUCAAUGCGACCUUGUCUGCUGUGCAGAGAGCGCAGCAGUGGGAAGCCGCAGUGGCCUUGUUCGCUGACAUCGAGCGCUACUCAUUGACGCCAGAUACAGUGACGUGCAACGCUUUACUCACUGCGUGUGACAAAGGAGGGCAAUGGCAGAGUGCCCUGAGUCUCUUGGAAAGGAUCGGUCCUACAUAUCACCUCCAGCCCAAUGUUGUCAGCUACAGCACGACGCUUUCAGCUUGUGAGCGAGGGCGGGCUUGGGAGCACGCGCUGCAGGUAUUUGCCAACAUGAAUGGCUGUGAGAUUUCUCCAGAUGUGGUGGUUUUCAAUGCGACGCUCAGUGCGCUUGAUGGGGGUUCCCGAUGGGAGGAGGCUUUGACUUUGCUGGAAGAGAUGAAUGAGAUUAAGCUGAAGCGGACUCUUGCCACAUACGGUUCUGCAAUCAGAGCUUGUGGCAAUGCCUUUCAAUGGGAGGAGGCAGUUGAGCUGAUGAGAUCGCUGCAAAAUAGGCAGAAACCAAAUCUCAUCAUUUUGAACCUGUGCCUAGAUGCAUGCCGCAAGGCGCGAAACCUUCAUGCUGCACUGAAGCUGUUCAAUGACAUGCAAAUCGAGUCAGAGCGACCGGACAUGCUGAGCUACACUUCCCUGAUAUCCGCAUGCGGAUAUGGGGCGGAGUGGCAACUUGCCAUCCAGCUGCAUGAGGAUGCGCUGAUGACAGGGCAACCUGAUAUUUUUUCUUUCAAUGCUGUGCUUGGAGUGUGCCGGCAAGCAAGCCGAUGGGAAGAGUCUCACAGGAUUCUUGAAGGGCUGCUGCUCCAUGGGCUUUCUCCAAGCAUGCCAACGUACAAGGCUUUGAUUGCUGCUUGUGCUUACGCCAUGCGAUGGUCUGAUGCAUUGAGCCACUUGCGUGCCUUGCAGAAGUCCGAUAGUUUGUACAUUGGUGCAGCCCGUGGCAAAGAAGACCUCAUCCUGCAAUUCGGUAUUGUCUCCAAAGCUUGUGCAGAGGCCGGUUUGGCCAGUCGCUCGCAAGCAUUGGUUGAUGAGGCCGAGUUUGCAGCAGCUGCGAAGGGUUUAGCAGGGAGAUUACCAAGAGAGUGGAUCAGUGUUCUUCACUGGCAAGCAGCAUUGGCCUACUUCCAAAGACUGAAGCAGGCCAUUGACAGAGAUGACACGGAAGAGGGUGUGCAAGUCGUUGGAUUAGCUGACCUUCUCCUUGAUGCAGGGCAAGACACAGCUGCCAUGAGCCUUUUGUUGGAAGCACAGGAGGCUCAGAUCUUUUCUCUGUGGCAAAAGACAAAGAAGGCUGACAUCUUGGACUUACAUUCUCUAGGCCCUGGUUCUUGCUCUGCCGCAGUAGCAGAAGCGGCUGUGAGUGCAGCACUACUGCAACUGGCAGAGAAGCGGGCCUUUCGCGCAACACGUGGCUUUGUUGUUGUUACUGGACGUGGACUAGGAAGCCUUCGAACAAGUCCGCUGUUGCUGCCAGCCAUUUCGUCAUUUCUCAGCCAGCUGGGACUUGAUAUUCGACAGGCCACGGGUUUUGUAUUUGUGCCGCGAAGAUCUUUGCACGACCUGUGGCAGGGUGUAAAAAGAUCGAACGACCCUUUGUCAUGUUGUUUUGUCAAAACAAACAGAGUCGUCAAAGUGGAGAGGUUUUUCUUAUUGUUGCUAGCUGCUUACAAGGUUAGACCGUACUAUGGAAUUGAAUGCGCUUGA